UAGGCUUAGUAAAACUACAGGUUGGAGACGCUGCUGCAGCCAUAUUGAACAGACAUUUUGUAAAAAAAAAAAAGAUAGUUCUUUUUUAAUUUGAUGACUAUAUUCUAAUGAGCAUUUACCCUACUAAAUAUUUUUACAAUUAACUUUGAAACUUAUUUUCGGGCAGGUCACUGGAUGAAUCAGUAGGCUAAUAAAUUGUAAUUUUCUAAUUUGGUAACCUUUUAAUUAGCGGUUGUAGAUUAGAAUAACGCUUUUUGAUAGUUUAGAGAUUGUGACAGUGACAACACAGUUUUGAAGAUGAAAGACCGAUUGGAACAGUUGAAGGCGAAAAGUGAUGUGGCUGGGGAUGAUGUGGAGAUUCCAGUGGAGAACCAAGCCUUUAUGGAUGACUUCUUCGCCCAGAUUGAGGAGAUUCGCAGCAGCAUCGACAAGAUAGAUGAGAGUGUGGCGCAAGCAAAGAAGCUGUACUCGACCAUCCUCUCCGCUCCUACGCCAGAGCAGAAGACGCAGGAUGAUUUGGAGGCAGUCACCAACGACAUCAAGAAAGCAGCCGGCACCGCUCGCAACAAACUAAAGAGUAUCGAGAAGCAACUUGAGACGAACACAGAGGAACGGUCGUCAGCAGACACGAGGAUCCGGAAGUCCCAGCAUGCCAUUCUGGCCAAGAAGUUUGUGGAGGUGAUGACCAAGUACAACGAGGCUCAGACAGAUUUUAGAGACAAGAGCAAAGGCCGCAUUGCCCGGCAGCUGGAGAUCACGGGAAAAACAACGACCGACGAGGAGCUGGAGGAGAUGUUGGAAGGAGGGAACGCAGCCGUCUUCACCGCAGGGAUCAUGGAGUCGGGUAUAUCGAAGCAGGCGUUGAAUGAGAUCGAGGCGCGGCAUAAAGAUAUUGUGAGGCUGGAGAGCAGCAUCAAAGAGCUUCAUGACAUGUUCGUGGACAUUGCUAUGCUGGUGGAGAACCAGGGCGGUAUGAUUGACAAGAUUGAGAGCAACAUGGACCAAUCGGUGGGCUUCGUAGAGCGGGCUGUUGCCGACACCAAGAAAGCAGCCAAAUUUCAGCAGGAGGCCCGUAGGAAGCAGAUGAUGAUCAUGUGCUGCUGUGUCAUUCUCUGUGUCAUCGGAGGGUCCUUCCUCUACAGCUUUAUCAAAUAGGAAAUACCGUCUGGGGGAAAACUUGUUGUGAAACUGAGAGGUGUUCAAAACUCCAAACUUAAACUUUUAAAUCAUGUAUUGAUCCAGAAGGAUGUUACCCUGGUCACAGAUCUCUUUGUACUCUUGCAAACGCCAUUCCCGUCCCUGUCAAGUUUGAUCAGGGCCUGGAUUUAUAAAGCCUUUCAGAGUAUGAGUACAGAUCUGGGAUCAGUUGAACAUUUUAGAUCACAAUGAAUAAGAUUACAUGGACAGGCGGGUCAGGAUCCUAGAUGAGCACUCCUACUCUGAGAUGCUUUAUGAAUACGGAACCAGAUUAGAUCACGUUAGAUCCAGGUUAUUCUUAGGUGUGUCCCACAUGGCACCCUAUUCCCCUUGUAGUAUAUAGGAAAUAGGGUGCCCUUUGGGAUGUAGACUUAGGCUGUAUUAUUGGC